AUAUUUUCAAAGAGUGUUAGACCAUUUAAAGAGGGAAACUAUUAUGAAAUACCAAAGAAAGAUUUUGAUAUGGCCCGGUGGUAUGUGUUGAAUAAUUGCGAAGAAGCACAACCUUUUCUUCAAGAGCAUAAAGAAGAGUUGGUGAAGCAAGCUAUUGUGAAUAUAGAAGAGAAACAUAGGGAGCAAUUUCCUUUAUGGUUCAAAAGGAAAAUUAUGCAACUAUAUAAUAAGGAAAAGUCAUUGUCUAUCAAGAAAUUAUUUCCUUUAGCAAUGGAACCCGAUUGGCGUGGAUAUACAUAUCCUGGUUGUAUUGUUAAUGGUGUUAGGUACCAUAUUCGGAGUCGCGAUGAAUUACGUAAAAGUCAAAAUAGCGGAAUAGUUGUCGAAGGCUAUCAUGAAAAUGAGGUGAUAGAUUUUUAUGGUACUAUAACUGACAUCAUUGAAUUAGAUUAUGUUGAUAAGAAUAGAGUGGUCUUAUUUAAAUGCAAGUGGUUUGAUCUUCGCAAGAAAACAGGGAUGCAAAAAGAUAAAAAUUUUACGAGUAUUAAUGUAAAUAGAUUUUGGUAUGAACAUGAUUCUUAUGUACUAGCUACUCAAGCAAAGCAGGUAUUUUACAUUAAUGAUCCGAAGUUGGGGACGGAUUGGCGAAUUGUGCAAAAAUUUCAAGAUAGACACAUAUAUGAUGUGCCAGAGAUGCAAAAUUCAGAAGUGGAAAGUAAUGAAUUGCAUACUACUAAUGAUGAAGUGUAUCAAGAUGUGUCUGUUGAAAGUAAUACGAUUGAUUAUGAUAUUGAGGAUUUGCCGAGUCAAUUACAUAGAGAUGAUGUUGAUUUGACUACCUUGGAUGCAAGUGUAAUCGGCUUGGAGGUUCAAACGGGACAUGACGUUGGUUACAAUACCGAAGAUUCUGACCAAGAGGAUGACACUAUGAUAGAGUACAUAAGUGAUCCUGAGAUAAAUGAAGGUACUAAAAGUAUUACCAAAGAUGAAGCUGAUGGCACAGAUGAUGACGACGUUGAUUUUAUGGUGUAACCUCAUAACUGUAAGGGCCACCUUUCACUGACUUCGACGAGUGCGACUCCACUUCUCCUUCCAGGUGUAAUAAAAGAACAAGAGGUAAACGAAAGCAGUGAAGGCCUUCUUUAGAGUAUUAGUUGAUGGUUAAAUUCUUGCUUCUUGGUGGGUGGUUUUAGUUCAUUUAUAUACCAGUUUUGUAAUUCCAAUCCUAUUAGAUAUUGUGAGGAGAAUUACUUGGUACAUUGAUCGCCCUUAUUCAUAGUUUCAUGUGAAAAAGGCUAUUUCGGAAUUGGGAUGAAAAAGGAUCUCUUUUGCA